AUGUCACUGCUGAACCUGUCAUGGCUGGGACUCUGGCCUAGCACAGCGUCCCCCUGGCUGCUCCUGUUGCUAGCCGGGGCCACCUGGCUCCUGGCCCGGGGCCUGGCCUCCAUCUAUGCUUUCUAUGACAACUGUUGCCGCCUCCGAUGUUUCCCGCAGCCCUCCAAACGAAGCUGGUUUUGGGGUCAUCUGGGCUUGGUCAAGAGCGAUGAGGAGGGCUUGCGGCUGUUGGAGGAGCUGAGCCACUUCUUCCGUGAUGUCCAUCUCUGGUGGGCUGGGCCCAUCUUUCCUGUCCUGCGUAUCGUCCACCCUAAGUUUAUUGCCCCCUUGCUUCAGGCCCCAGCCACAGUUGCUCCCAAGGACGUGUUUUUCUAUGGCUUCCUGAAGCCCUGGCUGGGGGAUGGGCUCCUGCUGAGUGAUGGUGACAAAUGGAGCCACCACCGCCGCCUGCUGACGCCAGCCUUCCACUUCAACAUCCUGAAGCUCUAUGUGAAGAUUUUCAAUACGAGUGCCAACAUCAUGCACGCCAAGUGGCAGCGCCUGACCUUGGAGCACAGUGCCCGCCUGGACAUGUUUGAACACAUCAGCCUCAUGACCCUGGACAGUCUGCAGAAAUGCGUCUUCAGCUAUGACAGCCACUGCCAGGAGCAUCCCAGCAAAUAUAUUGCUGCCAUCCUGGAGCUCAGCGCCCUUGUAGUGAAACGGCAACGUCAAAUCUUCCUGUACAUGGACUUCCUGUACAACCUUACCUUCGACGGGCGACGCUUCCGCAGAGCUUGUGAACUGGUGCACAGAUUCACGGACGCUGUGAUCCAGGAGCGGCGUCGUACCCUCGCCACUCAGGGUGUUGAUUGCUUCCUCAAGGCUAAAGAUAAGGCCAAGAAUUUUGACUUCAUUGACGUGCUUCUGCUGGCCAAGGAUGAAGAUGGGAAGGAGUUGUCAGAUGAGGACAUCCGAGCAGAGGCUGACACUUUCAUGUUUGGGGGCCAUGACACCACAGCCAGUGGCCUCUCCUGGGUCCUGUACAACCUUGCAAGGCACCCAGGAUACCAGGAGCGCUGCCGGCAGGAGGUGCAAGAGCUCCUGAAGGAUCGCCAGGUGGAGGAGAUUGAAUGGGAUGACCUGGCCCAGCUGCCCUUCCUCACCAUGUGCAUUAAGGAGAGUCUGCGCUUGCAUCCUCCGGUCACCAUCAUCUCUCGCCGCUGUACCCAGGACGUGGGGCUUCCAGAUGGCCGUGUCAUCCCCAAAGGGAACAUUUGCACCAUCAGUAUCUUUGGGACCCAUCACAACCCAUCAGUCUGGCCGGAACCUGAGGUCUACAACCCUUUCCGCUUCGACCCAGAAAACCCCCAGAAGAGGUCCUCGCUGGCGUUUAUUCCUUUCUCUGCGGGACCCAGGAACUGCAUCGGGCAGGCCUUCGCCUUGACCGAGAUGAAGGUGGUCCUGGCCCUCACGCUGCUGCGCUUCCGCGUCCUGCCUGACCACCUGGAGCCGCGCCGGAAGCCGGAGCUGAUCCUGCGCGCCGAGGGCGGGCUGUGGCUGCGGGUGGAGCCGCUGGCCAGGGACCCUCAGUGA